CAACUCCUGUCUAAAAUAAAUAAAUUAAUAAAGAAAAUAGAUAAACCAGAAUCUUCUUGCUGUGAGGCCAUGACCCUUGCAAACAAGUCACACUACACUUAUUAGCUGCACUCGUCUUCACCCCAGUGCUCAGCCAUGCUCUUUGGCCACAGGGCGUCUCACGUACAGUUCACCUUUACUGGACUCAUAAAGGCGAAUAAUCCUGUAUCCAAAUUUGUGACCGAUCAGCACUAAAAUCCAAUCAGUUGUUACUCCUGGCCUGCGGGGGGCGGUGCAUCAUUUUGGGAGGCUAAACAUGACGGGUGUCGUCACUUCCUGGCGGUUUUUUUGGCACCUUCAUUGCUUUGUGAUGGACCCAUCUGACCACAUGGCUACUAUCAACCACAACAUGGAGGCUGUGGCACUGAAUGAUGAUGCUGCUCCUGAAGGUUCCGCCAAAGAGCAGAAUACUUCUGCUGUUGACUUGCUGAGAAUGAAACAGCAGAUGUACAACCAGUGCUUUGAAAUCAAAGUACAACUCCAGGCAGGAAAAAUAAAGGAAUCACGCAGCACAUCUGAACCCGAAAGACACUUACCAGCUUGUGUCAACAAUCUGGAAAGAGUCAGGACGGAUUAUUUUAACAGCACAUUGAUACUGCACAGAAUGCAGAUGUGGCAUGCUAUUCGAGAAAAGCUGAAACAGAAUGAUUCACAGGCUGACGCACUGAUAGAUGUGGGCGAUCGCUGCAUGGCUUCAUGUUCCCGUAUAAAUCAACUUCAGAAUGAGUCAAGAGCUCUUCAAGAUGAAAUUAGAGAAAUACAGAAGAAGAGACUUGAGAUGAAACGUCUCACACAUGAGAAACUUAAAGAGGUGGAGGAGUUGAUGUCCAAGAAAGAGCAUCCAGAUAUAGAGAAGUACAAAGCAGCUUUGGCCAAAGGCCAGGAAAACCUGGAGAAAUAUAAAAAGUUGACUGUCAUCACACAGAACGUCCUGAGGGGCAUUCUGUUGGCAUGUCAAAUAAACUGGCUGGAUGAUCCCAAACUUCGAGACAUUGCCAUGACACUGGAUGAGUUUCCUAUUCCUGACUAGAGAACAAAUUAAUUACCUGUUUUUUAUGUUUCUGUACUGAUUUAAUCAAUAUAAUGCAAAUAAUAAAACUUUUAAACCAGAACCAUGAUUU